UUGAGUCUCUGCCGACAUAAUUUUUUUUCACGACGAUUUUCCCGACGUCCCGUCCCGCAAGACAUUUUCGACCUAUUAACAAGUUGAAAAUAGUUAUCCGGGUUUUCGCGAUUGCCCAGUGCUCAGUAAUAUAAAUAACAACGAACCAUCUUCAGAAAUGUUUUCUGUUACCUUGAGGUCUUUGGGAAGGCAGGUGCAUCAACAAAAUAAAUCCCUUGCUCCACUCUUCACCUAUUCCAAAAAUGGGCUAAACACUGAGGCAUCAUUUGAUACCAAGCCUUUCAAGCUGCACAAAUUGGAAGAGGGUCCAUCGACAUCUGUGACCCUUUCACGACAAGAUGCGCUCAAGUACUACAAAGACAUGCAAAUGAUCCGCAGGAUGGAAACGGCUGCCGGCAACUUGUACAAGGAGAAAAUCAUUCGAGGAUUUUGUCACCUUUAUUCUGGACAAGAAGCUUGCUGUGUCGGUAUGAGGGCCUCGAUGAGGUCGUACGAUGCCGUAAUCACGGCCUACCGAGCCCACGGCUGGACUUACAUGAUGGGCGUAGAUCCUGUCGGAGUCCUUGCCGAGCUGACCGGUCGUAACACUGGUUGCCAGCGAGGCAAAGGUGGUUCUAUGCACAUGUACAUCAAGAAUUUUUACGGUGGCAACGGAAUCGUUGGCGCCCAGCAACCUUUGGGUGCCGGAGUCGCAUUGGCUCUCAAGUACCAAGGAACUGAUGGUGUUUGCCUGACCCUGUACGGCGAUGGUGCUGCUAAUCAAGGUCAGUUGUACGAGGCCAUGAACAUUGCCCAGUUGUGGAAAUUGCCCGUUAUCUUUAUCUGCGAAAACAACGGAUACGGCAUGGGUACUUCGGUGGAUCGCGCUUCGGCCAGCACGAAUUACUACACUCGCGGUGACUACGUCCCAGGCAUUUGGGUGGACGGUAUGGACGUUCUGGCUGUUCGUGAGGCAACUCGUUUCGCCAUCGACCAUUGCGCUACUGGCAAAGGUCCCAUGGUGAUGGAAGUGGUGACGUAUCGCUACUCUGGUCACUCCAUGUCCGAUCCUGGCACAUCCUACCGUUCCCGUGAUGAGAUUCAAGAAGUCCGACAGACUCGUGAUCCCAUCACUGGUUUCCGCGAGCGUCUGCUCGCCACCAGCUUGGCAACAGCCGAAGAGCUCAAGGAUAUCGACCAAGAGGUUCGCCAGGUGAUUGAAGACGCCGUCAAACGAGCCAAGGCAGACAAGGAAAUUGGCCUAGAAGAAUUGACGGCCGACAUUUCGUGCAAUCCUAUCGACACCCGAGUCCGUGGUGUCACGGCGUUCGAUACGCUAACGCACAGACGUCUGGGCCCGGCUGUCAACAACCACUAAGUUCCUCUUCUUUUACUCUCUCUCUCCUUAAUUCCUUCCUUUAGGGAAAGAAGUAAAAAAACAACAAGAGACCAACAGCAGCUCUGUGGUUCGUGGACAUAGUUGUUAGUAAACACGGAAUGUUAAUAUCUUGUAAAUCUGUCACAGCUUUGAUUGUAUCUAACCUUUCAAACAAGACAAGACACACGUCUUGAAUCAAACAAUAAAAGAUCUGACCCUAGGUCAAUACAUUAGUGAAUUGAAACAAACAAA